CCUUGGUGUUGUGGUUGACGGCCCACUUCCUUCAUUACAGCGUGAAAUCAAUAACCUGCAGCAGUGAACACUAAAGACGGAAAAGAGAAGAAACCGAAGCUCUGGCAGCAAAAGUGUCCUGCUGGAUGAAGCUGCCAAGAAACACAGAUAAGGGAGAGGAGUUGAUACUUAUCUCAGCAAUCAAAAGAAGAGAAAGCAGCUGUAAACAAUUUCCACUCUGGACCAAAUCCCCUCUUCAAGAAGUGGACCAAACAUGGUGCACGUCUACAACUGCCAUCCUUUCGCCUCACAGCAGAUAGUACAGGUGGAGCAGGAGCCUGGACUGGUCUGCUGUGGAGGUGGAACGCUUUUUGUGGUCGCUACUGGAGGAUGCAAGGUGGAGGCCUACAGUGUGGAGCAGGAGGGCUGCACUUUCAUCUGUCGCUUUGCCACCAUGGGCAAUGUGAAGAGCAUCCAGCACAGCAAGAUAGGAGAUUACCUGGUGACCAUUGAGGAAAAGAACAGCGCCACCUACCUGAGAGCCUACACCAACUGGCGCCACCAGGCGGAGGGAAAAGCCCGUGUCGGCGUGCGUCUGUUGGGUCACCUGCUGCGUGGGGCAUCCGUGCGGAGUGGAGUGCAGAUGGAGAUCAUUGAGAUCCCCCUAUCAGAACGUCCUUUUGCUGUGGCGUGUUGCCCAGUAACUGGAGACCUUCUGGUUGGCUGUGAGAACACUCUGGUUCUGUUCGCUUUGAGGAGGCAGAACCAGCAGAGUCUGCAGACUCAGAGUCAGCAGAUCCUUCAGAGCACCUGGCCGAACUCUCAGCAGAGCUCCAGUCAGACUCAAGGUCAGACCUCGAGUUCAAACCAGAAUUUCCUGGAUUUUGAACGCUCAGUUAUCCUGCAUCUUCCAAAGAUCAAGCCUAAACAGGUGGCGCUGUGUGGAGCAUAUUUAGCCGUGCAGGCAGAGCUGGAGGUGCUGGUUCUGAAACUGGAUGCAUCCUCUGAACCAAACAUCCUGGAUGAAUCAUCGGACACACAGAAACAUCUGGCAGCAGAUCAUCUAGAGGACCAGGCAGACUUCAUGGUGCUUCCGAGACACCAGGAGCUGCUCGGCGAUCGAGCCAAAGACUGCGACAUCCCUGUCAGCAUUGAAAAGACCGGGCUUGAGGACAGAGGACAGUACACGCUGUCAUAUGUUCUCUUCAGGCGUUUUACUCCAGACUUCUUCCAGGGCUGCAGCGUUGAGGAGACUCAACUCCACUCCCUACAGCUUUACCCACUUUUCACCAGUAACCAGUCAGUGCCUCUGGAAGAACCUGCAUGUGUGUUCUGCUUUUUCUCUCUCCCCAACGCCGGCUACCUGUACAGUUUGAAGGGUGGUGUGGAGCUUCUCUCAGCCUAUCAGUAUCCAGAGAAGGUCCUGAAGGCGGUGCUAACAGACCACCUGCUGCAUGUCAUAACAAAGAGUGCAUUACAGUGUUUCACAGUGCGCUGUGCAGCAGUAGCAGCCAGGAUAGAAGACCCCUACAUCGAUACCACCAUGAAGGCCUGUCCACCCUGCAGCCUGGAGGUGUGUGCGCUCAGGAUGCAGUUGUUCAUUGGUCUGCGCUCGGUGUGUGUUUAUGGCCGUCAUGUUAUCUUGCUCUCCACCGCUGACUCAGAGACACCAGAGGAGCCUGAACGCAUCACACAACGCAGAGGCCUCGAGUUGAAAGAACACACCUUGCUGACUGGUAUUUUCCUGGCGGUGGGAAUCGAUCCCGCAACCACACCAGCUCUGGAGAGCCUUCUAUCACGGCCCUUCCUGAGCAGAAGGUGGACAAUGUCUUCUCCCAAAGAAACCAGCUCAGCCGGACAAGGAUGGAACAUCUAUGUGGUCGACACUGUCUCCCCCCUCACUCUCUACCAAGAAAUGGUGGAAUACAGCCAGCGGUAUGCAGAGACCAACCCGCAGGCCCAAAGCCUUCGGCACCUCCUCAGUGAGGCUCACCUCCUUCUCCGCGCCUCCUUACUCCAAACACCUGAGCAGCAACCAAAAGUGGAGGGUGAGACAGAUACAGACAGACCAGCUGAGAAACAGACAGUUGUACAGACAGACAGGCAAGAGCUGGAGGAGGCACUCAGGGAGAACUGUGCACAGCUGGGAGACUGUUUCAGCAGGAGCAGUCAGAAGGACUGCCACCUGGCUCUGCCGUACUACAGGAUGUCUGGUCUGUCAGUCACAGAGAUCAUAACCAGGAAUCGUCCGCAUCCCAGCAGCCCUCACUCCUACGGCCCCGGCUUCCUGUUCUACCUGAAGCAUUUCCUGUUAGAAGAAGCAGAGCAGAUCCUCAGUCAGGAAGCAGCUGAUGAGGUCAUAAACAUUUUCAGCCAAUCAGAGCCCUCACAGCUCGUCAGCGUGUGUGCCAGCCCGUCCAUGAUAAACGUCAGCCCUGCACAGACACUGCAAAUCUUACAACAUCUGGAGGACUCUGCCGGCGUGUCAGUCCCUCUGACAGUCACCAUGGCAACCAUGAUGCUGUGUUUGGACGACCUGCCACAGUACACACAGCUGAUGGAAAGACACGCAGAGAUGCUGCUGGUGUACGGGUUCAUUGAGGAGCCGAGGCUGUUGCUGCAUGGCGCAGGUGGAGGUCAGCACACACACAUCCGUCCCACAGCAUUGACACGCCAGUUGGCAAAGUCCCAACCAGGACUGCUGGUGGCCGCCAUGGUGGCUUUACAUGAAAACAACAAAGUUCAGCUGGAACAGGCUGAUCACAUAUUCAAGGAGCUGGGCUGUGGGAAUUGCUUACAGGUGGAUUUCUGGGAGGCGAUGCUCAUGGCUUCCUCACAGGACGCUGUCAUCCAGGAACUUCUGUUCCGUCUGGCGUCUGUCUACAUCGACCGACUGGCCAACACCAAAUCAGACACAUACUCCAACCAACCACACACACCCUCAAGACGCAAGUCGCUGAAGAGUGCUGACGAUCUGAUAAACUCAUGCUCUCAUUAUGGUGCUCUGUACCCAUGGCUCACUGUUCUCAAUCCAGCUCACAAUACCAGCUCCCAACACCAGGAAGCGCUGUACAAACUGCAGUCUCUCCUGUGUGGUCCGUCCCUGUCUGUGGGCUCCGUCGUGCCCCUGAUGGAGCGUCUGUCAGAGGAAACCUUGUGGGGCUUCAGCCUGCACCUCCUCUGUGCAACCAGAAGGGGGCAGUACAACAGCAGCAUUGAAAAGCUGCUGGAUCGCUGUCCUCAGGCCAUCAUAGCCUACGCCAACCACCAGUUACAAGACAAACAUAUGGCGUUGUGGUGGCAGAAGCUGCUCCCAGAGCUGUGCAACAGGACGAGAGCUGCGACAGAUAACAGCAUUUUACUGGCUGCUCUCAAAGAGACGCUGGUUGUGGUUGCCAUGGAGACAAGCCCCACAGAGUUCCUGGAGCUGAUACCUGACGAUGGCACCGCCUCAUACUUUCUGCCACACCUGUUGACAUGUAGCCAGAGACACCUACUGGCCUGACACACACACACACACACACACACACACAUACUUGAAUAGACAAAUGUGUCACUCCUUCAUCCAAACCCAUGACUAGAACAAUUGGAGUGUACUUUGAAUUGACCUGUUACACCGGAGCAGUUUGGGUUUCAGUGAUUUGCUCCAGAGACCCUCAACAGUGGUGUUUGAUCCACGUGACAACACUGAACAUAUGACUCUGGCUCCCGUCAGCCUUCAUGCCGUGACCAGCACUUUGUUUGUCCUCAGACAAUCAUGUGCAGGUUUUUGAUUUGGUUUGUAGUGAAACAAAUUCCUGACCAACUUUUGAGUGUUAAGCACUAUGAUGGAUCAUAGUCACUCUUGUGUGUUUUUAGAUGACAGAGUAGAGAUAGAAAAGAAUAGAAUAUGCAGGUUACACAAGAACAGACUACAGCACAUAGAGCAGGUCAAACAGAGCAGAAAGUUUUAGGUUUGUUUGUGGUUAUUAUAUGUUUAUAUGUACAUAUUACUUUGAAUUUCUGAGUUUUGUUGAUAUCGAUACUGUAUGUGGUGAUACCAACAUUAUUGUUAAGAUACUGUGAGAAUUUAUUUUUUAUUUUUUAAAGUUCGUAGUCCAAAAACAUGUCCUGUAAUACCUGAGACCAGGAAUUAGUUUAAAGCUCCGACUGUGGGGUCCAUCACUAGAUUUCUGUCUUUUGCAUUUUUUGACUGAAUUGUAAAGAAAACACUUUAGUUUCUUGUUUUGUUCUCCAACUCACAUAAACUUGUUAUUAGCUGUAUUCUGUCAUAAUAUAGCAGCUGUUGAAAAGAAAAUAUUUGAUUAGAUCAACAGAUAUUAUGCUGCAAAUAUCUUGACAGAUACCAGCCAGCCCUCUGUUUUAUAACGCCACUGCAGUGUGCAAACUGUGUACAUGUGUUGUCUGUUCUUCUUUGUGACUCGAGCAAAUUUUUGGAUUGUAUCCGAAAAAUGUAUUAUUCAAACCGCAAUCAAAUAGGCCAAAAGAAAUAUUUUGUUGUGUCAUCUUACUCACCACUUUAACUAAAUCUAAGAGUUUCUGGUUGGUUUGAGUUUGACUGCAUGAAGUUGCUGAUAAGCAAAAGUUCCUUGUGCUGCUGUCUUGAUUGGCUUGACUAUUGAAUACAGAUAGUUCACUGUGUGAUUUUGUUAAGUCACAUCAGUUUCACCACAGAGAGGAGGUGUGCCUUUAAACAAAUGCUGUUCAGUUUGACCCAGGGAAAAACAUGAUUAGAUCGUAGAUCCCUGUUGUGUAAUAUCUGCUGCUGCUGACGUCUACAAAUGUAAGACAUUUAGAAAUAAUUGAAUCUGUCUGUUUGGUGCUGUUUGUGCAAAGAUCAAGAAAAAUCCUCCUUCACUGAACAGCACAGUAGAUCAUUUUAGAGGUCACAGAGCCCCAUGUGUUAAUAAAACAUGUAUUUUGAGUUUUAGAAAAUAGUGUUUUGUACCUGGAAUGGUGUUACAUGAUCAAUCCAAAGUGACUCAGGUGUGAGGUUAAUGAUAAAACAUUUAUGACAUUA